UCUGGAGUCUGGAGACGAAUGGCUUCUGUUCCCAAGCCAAUGCUUCAUGGUAGGAGGCUCUUUGAGCUGCUGGAAGAGCAACAAGAGCCUUUUCUUCUGGAUGUCUACCUCUUGGAGCAUGGGUACUCGGAUAGAGCAAUGAAUCCCAGUGCUGCUGCAUUCAUGUGCUGGCAUGGCGGUGCUUGUAGGCGGCUGAGAAGGUUCAGCACCCAUGGCUGCAGGAGGAAGAGAACCGGACUUCUGAGGUGUCUGCUGAACAAAGUUGUCUACGGCAAGGUGAUCAGGAAAGCUUGGAGGUGGGAUGGUGGAGCUAUUGGCAUCGGAAGAUGGAAUGUCUUGAGAUCGUUCUUCGAGAUGAAGGGCAAGAACAAUGCUGUGGAGUUCCGCCGGCUGUCUUGUUCCUGUGGCACCGACGAAGGUGAUCCGGACAGAGAGGAGCAGUGGAGAGCUAUGGGCGGCUCCGAUCAGCGCAGCCCUGUGUCAGUCCUCGAGCUGCAUUCUGAUGAAGUUGAGGAAGAGGUGCCAUCAACCUCAGGUUUUGAUUCACCCAAGGACACAAAGGAAGCUCCAUGGAUCGGCUUGGAAGAGCACCCCAACACAAGGACCCAGUUCCUUCACCCACACCGUUUUCUGUCAGACUGGCUGAAGGAGGUAGAAGGAAGGCUCUCAAAAUCUCACGAAUGCCCAAGUCCAGAGAGGAGUGGGAAGAUCACCGAGGAGGGGAUGAUGAUCCUGUCACGGGAGAGUCGAGGAUGUGCUUUGGCCAAUAUAUCCCAGUUGAUAGAUGUCGAUUUCUCCGAGUCCAGGAAAGAAUGGAGCCACUUUCGGCAUGAGAUAGGAGAGGUUGGGGCUGAGAUCGAACAGAUCAUCUUUGAGGAGAUCAGCGAAGAAGCUGUGCUCGAUGUUCUUCAUCGUCACUCCACCUUGGAAAGAUGUUGAUUCUAUUCAUCAGCGCCAUGUGAAAUUUACUCGCUUACAGUAGCAAAUCUCUGAACAUAAUGCACGCCACAGGAAGACACAAAUCCUUGCUUCAUCAGCUGCUCGCUUGCAGUCUACUGGAUUGCUUCAGAACCAAUGAUGGAUUACUAGUCUAUUGUAAUACCUGUUUAAGGUUAUUGUAUGCUGAGUCUAAGAAGAAUAAGUGUCAUGUACUUUUGGUUACGAUUGAAGAUUUAUGCGAUAAGCAUCAGAAAAACUUGGUGGUGUUACAGUUCA